AUGCCUCGCGUCGUCGCGUACAAGGCCAACGUGGUGCACUCCGUCGCGCUCGGGCAGCUGCAGGUGCUUCAACCUGGCCUCGUCGGCGUCGACGACCGCGGCUCCAUCGUGUUCGUGCUGGACUUGGGCCAGUCCGAGACGGCCACGCCGCACUUCGACGAGCUCGUAGACUUGGGCGAGCAGCUGCUGCUGCCCGGCUUCAUCGAUGGCCACGCGCACGCGCCGCAGUACUCGUUCAUCGGCGUGGGGAUGCACCUGCCGCUGCUCAAGUGGCUCGAGACGUACACGUUCCCAUACGAGUCCAAGUUCCAGAACGCGGACUACGCGCGAGCCGUCUACGAGAAGGCGGUGCGCCGCCACCUCCACAAUGGCACGACCACGUGCUCGUACUUCGCCACGGUGCAUCUCGACGCCUGCAAGGUGCUCACCGACAUAUUGGAGCUGGUGGGCCAGCGCGGCUACGUGGGGAAGGUCAACAUGGACCGCAACGCGUCGUCCGGGCUACAGGAGGACACGCAAGCGUCCAUCGACGACACGCGCGCGUUCGUGCAGUACGUGCAGAGCAAGAAGAGCGAUGUGUUGACGCCUGUCAUCACCCCGAGGUUUGUGCCGAGCUGCUCGUCCAAGUUGAUGCACGCGCUGGCCGAGAUCUCGAGGGAGCACACGCCCAAGCUGCCCGUGCAGUCGCAUCUAGGCGAGAACCGCGACGAGAUCAGCUGGGUCAAGAGUCUGCACCCCGAGAGCAAGACGUACACGGGCGUCUACGACGACCACGGACUGCUACACGAGCGGUCGUACAUGGCGCACUGCAUCUGGUGCAGCAAAGGAGAGCGCGAGCUGCUCCGAGAGAAGCAGACGGCGGUCAUCCACUGCCCCAACUCCAACUUCUCGCUCUCUAGCGGCGUACUGAAUGUCCGUCGGUUGCUGCAAGAAGGCGUCAAGGUCGGGCUCGGUACCGACGUGUCCGGAGGGUAUUCGCCUUCGAUGCUGGACGCCAUUCGCCAGGCGGUUAUCGCCUCCAAGCUCGUCUCCAUUGGCAACGGCAGCUCCAGCGAUGAGGACAGCGAGGAACCACAGGAAGAUUCGCUCUCGUACGCUGAGGCUUUUCACCUCGCGACAGUGGGGAGUGCUGAGGCUCUUGGACUCGGUGACACUGUGGGCAACUUCAUGGUUGGCAAGAGCUUUGACGCGCUCGUCAUUGACCCCUACGCGCCGAACAGCCCCAUUGAUGAAGCCCACGACCCCGUUGAGGCUGCUGACGUACUGCACACGUUCCAGAAGUUUUUGUUCCUUGGAGACGACCGCAACAUCGUCUCCAUCUUCGUAGGCGGCCGUCAAGUCAAGAGUGCGUCGUCUGGGAUCAACAAGUCACUGGAAGUAUCCAGCUCUCCGUUAACUAUGGGCAGCGUGCACCCCAGUAUCCAGCCUCUGUCCUUGGCCAAAGACUAG